AUAAAUCUUAAGCUUCACUUCAAAGAUGCGACUUUUUUUUUUCUUCCCCUAAAAAUUAUAUCUACGUAGAUGGCAUCUAAUGAUGCUAACUUUUCUAAUUAAAAAUGAACAUGUAGAAUUCUAACAUAAUUAUUUAAAUUAAAAAUCCAGCAGGUAAACAGAGUUAUAAAUGGCACACGUGUGGGUCUCAUACAUUACCCCAGAUAAGCUCUCGUCUCGUUCGUUCCUUAUUUCAUACUCUCUCAAAACCAAAUCUCUUCUUCUUCUUUCUACCUCAACUCAAGACUUUGUAAGUACUUCUCUCUCUCUCAAGUUCUGUUUCUGAAUCUUCUAAAAUGCCUAGGAAUCUAGAACCGUUGGAUCUUGGUAUCCAAAUACCAUACCAUUUCAGAUGUCCAAUCUCACUCGAACUCAUGCAAGACCCCGUCACCGUCUGCACAGGCCAAACCUACGACCGAGCCAGCAUCGAGUCAUGGGUCUCUAUCGGUAACAACACAACAUGUCCAGUCACACGAGCUCCUCUCUCUGACUUCACUCUCAUCCCUAACCACACUCUCCGUCGUCUCAUCCAAGAAUGGUGCGUCGCUAACCGCUCAAACGGCGUCGAACGUAUCCCUACUCCUAAACAACCAGCUGAUCCUACCUCUGUCCGUGCUCUCCUAAGCCAAGCCUCCGCUACGUCUGGAACUCACGUCUCCGUUCGCUCACGCGCCGCCGCUCUCCGCCGUUUACGUGGAUUCGCACGCGAUUCUGAUAAAAACCGCGUUUUGAUCGCAGCUCAUAACGCUACAGCGGUUUUGAUUAUGAUCCUGUUCUCCGAAACGACGUCGUCUGAGCUGGUCUCUGAGUCGUUAGCUCUUCUUGUUAUGUUACCGAUAACGGAACCGAACCAGUUAGUCUCGAUAUCUUCGGAUCCGGGCCGGGUCGAGUUUUUGACCCGGUUGUUGUUCGACUCCUCGAUCGAAACGCGCGUUAACGCCGCCGCGUUGAUCGAGAUCGUGACGACGGGAACCAAAUCGGAGGAUCCGAAAGGAACGUUUUCGAAUUACGAGUCUGUGUUCGAAGGAGUACUCGAUCUCCUCAGGAACCCGAUCUCGUCGCGGCGAGCUCUCAAGAUCGGGAUCAAAGCUCUGUUCUCCCUCUGUUCGGCGAAACAAACUCGCCACCUAGCGAUCAACGCCGGCGCGCCGGAGAUUCUGAUAGACAGACUCGCGGCGGAUUUCGACAGGUGCGACACGGAG